GUCAAGGCAAAGAUCCAGGACAAGGAAGGCAUCCCUCCGGACCAGCAGCGCUUGAUCUUCGCUGGCAAGCAGUUGGAGGACGGCAGGACACUUUCCGAUUACAACAUCCAGAAGGAAUCCACACUUCACUUGGUGCUGCGCCUGCGAGGUGGCAUGCAGAUCUUCGUGAAGACCCUGACGGGCAAGACGAUUACUCUGGAUGUUGAGGCCAGCGACACCAUCGAUAAUGUCAAGGCUAAGAUCCAGGACAAGGAAGGCAUCCCUCCGGACCAGCAGCGCUUGAUCUUCGCUGGCAAGCAAUUGGAGGACGGAAGGACGCUUUCCGAUUACAACAUCCAGAAGGAAUCCACCUUGCACUUGGUGCUUCGCCUUCGAGGUGGCAAGUAA